AUGGUGGAUGAUUCAAAUUAUAUUACUCCCCAUGAAGCUGCGUUAGCUGUUGUAGCAACAUGUAUGAAAAAGGCAAGAUUACAAUUAGAUACUUUAAUAAUAAAUUCAAUAUUAGGUGGAUUAUUAUUUAGUUCAGGUUCUGUAUUAUAUGUAGCUGUACAUGCUGAAAAUUUAGAUAUCUUAAAUAAAAAUCCAGGUUUAUUAAAUUUUUUAGGUGGGCUAACUUAUUCAGUCGGGUUAUUUUAUGUGGUCAUGUUAGGUGCAGAAUUAUAUAAUUCUGAUAUUCUUUUCUUCACAGUCGGUGUAUUAAGAGGUGCUGCAUCAAUUUACGAUUUAUUAAUUUCAUGGUUAUUUAGUUGGCUAGGUAAUAUCGCCGGAUCUUUAUUCGUAUCAUAUUUGUUUAUCUUCGUAUCAGGAAUUAGUGAACAUGAAGAUUGGUCUCAAGGUGCAAAACUUAUUACAGAAAGUAAAGCAGAUUACUCAUUCAUGCAAACUUUUUUAAAAAGUAUAGCGGGUAAUUUCUUCGUUUGUUUAGCAAUUUAUUUACAAUUAAUGGCAAAACCAAUUCAUGUUAAAUUUUUAAUGAUGUUACUACCUGUCUUUACAUUCGUCUCUUCAAGUUAUACCCACGUCGUAGCAGACAUGACUACUUUUUUCAUCGGUAUGUUAUGUGGUGCAAAUGUCUCUGUAGGUAGAUAUAUUUGGAGAGUAUUAAUCCCUGCCUCCCUCGGGACAAUCGUUGGUGGUGCAUCAUUUGGUUUGGUCAUACCAUUCUAUUUACAUCUAGUGGUGGUUGAACGUGAUAGAGCCAAAUUAUCAUUACCGGAAUAUGAAGCUAGAGAUGAACAACCUGAAUUGAAUAUGGAUUCAAGAGUCGUGAGAAUGCCUGUCAAGACUCAUGACACAACUAUUCUUGUGACAGAUAGUGGUAGUGAUUCAGACGAUAUGGAUAUCAUGGAUGAAAAAGAAAGUUUGUUCGGUGCACAUCGCCAUAACCAUCAUCGUAAAACGUCCACCCAAGAGCAAUUUCCAGGGAGAUUGCCAUUAUCGGCAUCUCCUUCUGCAUCUGCAUCAAUAUCAAUCUUGGGCUCAGAUGUCUCUACGAAUUCAAGUGAUAUGUCAUUACGUACAACCAAUAGUGAAACUAAUAGUAUUGCACCAAGACGUUAUGCACCUUCAGUAACUUCGAGGACAAGUUCAAGACGUAUAGCGGGAAGAACAAUGGCCCCUUCAUUAGAAAGAAUUAAUACUUUGAAAAGUAUAACAAGUCAUAGAAGUUCUGUGUCGAACAAGAAUCAUUCUGUUAGAUCGCCACCGGGUGUGUUUCCAGUUGCUGGAAUGGCUCCACCGUUGGCGAAAGAGAGAACUAUUGAAAAUUCAAAUUAUCCAAUGGAUUUAUUACAACAAAUAAAGACACAUUCAGUAGCCAGCACAAGUAAUAAUAAUAAUAAUAGUGGAUUCAACAUGCAAGAUGAUGAUUCUGAAUUAUUAAGGCGUGUUAAAACUGCAGAAAUUGAAGAAGAAAAUGCAUAUUUGGAUGAUAUUGAUAAUAAAUAUAGUGUACCAAAUGAUAAGCUAGGUUCUAAAUUAGAGAAAGUUGUUACAAGAUUACGUAACGGACAUAAAUCAGCCACUAAUGACGAAACAAUCGGGACGUUACCACGGACUGUACAGGAUACGUUCCCUCAUAAUAAUGUGAGUCAACCAAAUAUUUACGAUGGUGAUGAUGGAAUCAUACGAAAGCAACAAAGUCGUGGUAGACAAAGGAAAAGAAGAAGUCAAACGUCAAGUUCAAGGCGGCCAACACGUAACUUAUUCAAAACAUUAUCAUCGCAAAUGACUAGAAGUGGAACUAAUGAACAUGAUAUUAAUGAUUGGUAUAAGAAGAUGUCACAAGCUGGUGUGACUAGUCGAGCUGCAUUAGGUGCACAAAACGUUGCGGGUGGACCAUAUUUAAAUUCUGACGAUAUUUCAUUAUUGAGAAAAAUUAAUAUUGAAAAGGAAGAUGAGAAUAAGACAAAACAUUCUAAAGAGGACAGUGAUAAUGAUACUUUGCAUUAA